AUGGAGAACCAUACUUUAAAUAUAGAUAUUCUUAUCUUGGAGGGGUUAAAGGUCAGCCCCCAGUCCUCCGUUCCCGCCUUCGUCCUCCUCCUCCUCAUCUACAUCUUCAUCAUGGUGUCCAACAUCGGCCUGGUGGUCCUGAUCUCCAUGGAGAGGAGCCUCCACCAGCCCAUGUACCUGCUCUUCUGCAACAUGAGUAUCAACGAUGCGUUUGGAGCGACGACCAUCAUCCCUCGCUUGUUAAGUGACCUUUUUCCUCCAAUCACAGAUCGGUACAUUCACUACAUCGACUGUGUCGUUCAGGCUUUUUGUGCUCACUUUAACGCCAGCGCCACUCACACGGUGCUCAUGAUCAUGGCCUUCGACCGCUACGUGGCCAUCUGUAAUCCCCUGCGAUACGCCGCCAUCAUGACCAACAGGAUGGUGGUGGCGCUGUCGCUGUCGGCGUGGACUCUGGCUUUAUUGAUGGUGGUGAUCCUCAUCGGGCUCAGCGUACGCCUGUCUCGCUGCAGGUGGAUUGUAUUCCACCCGUUCUGCGACAACGCCUCCUUGUUCAAGCUGUCCUGUGAAAGCGUCCUCCUCAACAACAUCUAUGGCCUCGGCUACACCGUGGUGCUGCUGGGCUCCUCCAUCGGCAGCGUGACGCUCACCUACCUGAAGAUCGCCAUCGUGUGUCUGAGCAGCAAGAACAAGGCUCUGAACAGCAAAGCACUGCAGACCUGCGCCACCCACCUGGCCGUGUACGUCAUCAUGUUUGUGUCAGGCUGCGUCAUCAUCAUCCUGCAUCGGUUCCCUCACUUAUCGGACCACAGGAAGCUGGCGUCCAUCUUGUUCCAUGUGGUUCCCCCCGCUAUGAACGCUGUUAUCUACGGACUGCAAAUUAAAGCCGUCAGACAAAAGAUUGUCAUCAUGUUCACCAGGAAUACAGGAGGUUAA